UUCAAGAUGGCGGCCCCGUAGUGCAGUUUCAGAUCAACAACAGAGACAACGCAACAACAAAAAAACGGUUUAUUAACGGGUUGCUUGGGAUUUUUUCAACCAAAAUGUUAGCGUGUCAGUCAAGCUAACAUUUAUACGUUUAAACCAGUAGAGCCGCUUCAGCUCAGCGUUGAAGUGACUUCACCCCGCAACUGCAGCGAUGUCGUUCGUCGAGCCGACCGCAGAUACCACACCGUUCUUCUCCGAUGACGAUGGGGAGGGGACAGACAUUAAGAGGGAGGAGCCGUCAAAUCAGCCAGAGGCAGAGUGUGCGAGUGGGGUGUCCAGUAAGAGAGCGGUGAUGACCGUGGCAGUCCUCUGCUACAUCAACUUGCUGAACUAUAUGGACAGAUUCACUGUAGCAGGUGUGCUUCCUGAUAUUGAAAAGUUCUUCAACAUCAGUGAUGGCAAAUCUGGGCUGCUCCAGACUGUCUUUAUCUGCAGCUACAUGUUUCUUGCUCCUGUCUUUGGUUAUCUGGGUGACAGGUACAACAGGAAGUUGAUCAUGUGUGUGGGCAUCAGCUUCUGGUCUUUAGUGACUUUAGCCAGCUCCUACGUCGACAAAGAUCAUUUUUGGGCGUUGUUGGUGACGCGGGGGUUUGUGGGGGUCGGCGAGGCCAGUUACUCCACCAUCGCUCCCACCAUCAUCGCAGACCUCUUCAUCAAGGAGAGGAGAACCUGCAUGCUCUCUGUCUUCUAUUUUGCCAUCCCCGUGGGCAGUGGUCUGGGAUAUAUAGUAGGAUCAGCAGUGGAUAAAAGGGCGAAAGACUGGCACUGGGCUCUGAGGGUGACGCCUGCUCUGGGUCUUUUAGCGGUAUUUUUGCUGGUGUUUGUGGUGCAGGAACCAAAGCGUGGUGCUAUAGAGGCUCGGCCCGAGCACACCCUGCACAGGACCAGCUGGCUCACUGACAUGAAGGCUCUCAUCAGGAAUAAGAGUUUUGUUCUGUCGACGUUUGGUUUCACGGCAGUGGCCUUCGUCACCGGAUCGCUUGCUCUUUGGGCUCCUGCCUUCCUCUUCAGAGCAGCGGUCUUCACUGGAGAGAAGCAGCCAUGUGUCAAGGAGCCCUGUGACACCUCUGACAGUAUAUAUUUUGGCAUCAUCACGUGUGUGACGGGCGUGUUGGGUGUAGGGAUGGGUGGAGCAGUCAGUCAUCGUCUGAGGCAGAAAACACAACGUGCUGAUCCACUCGUAUGUGCUGCUGGCCUCCUCCUCGCUGCUCCCUUCCUCUAUCUAGCCAUCAUCUUUGCCCAGGGCAGCACCAUCGCUACCUACGUCUUCAUCUUUUUUGGUGAAAUGUUCCUCUCAAUGAACUGGGCCAUCGUGGCUGACAUCCUGCUGUACGUUGUCGUCCCCACACGGCGCUCCACAGCAGAGGCUUUCCAAAUCGUUCUCUCUCACCUGCUAGGAGAUGCAGGGAGUCCCUACCUCAUAGGAGUGGUCUCAGACUCACUGAAGCAGGCAGACUCUUACAUGUGGCAGUUCCGCUCAUUGCAGAUCUCUCUCCUGCUCUGUUCUUUUGUUGCCGUGGUGGGCGGAGCCUUCUUCCUUACAACAGCACUUUUUAUUGAAAAUGACCGGCACCGUGCCGAGAACUAUGUUCCCUCAGAUGACGCACCGAUUAUUGUCCCUAAGAGAGGAAGAUCCACCAAGGUGUCAGUGUCAAGUGUUUUAAUUUGAGUAAACGAGGACAUGGAGGAAGCGAGAGAAUGCUCACCUCACUGGGGGAAGCACGUGGAUGUCGCUGAGCUUAACACCACUGCUGGAGUAGUAUGGGAUGAAUAUAGUCACUGAUUGAACUUUCACCCCUUCAGGGAUUUUUAGGAUAAUUUAUUAUGUUACGUUUAUGUUAUUAACACUGUUAUUAUUUUUUGGGAACAUGACUAACCAUGGGAAAGUGUGACACUGCACUUCUGAAGGAUUUGUCCUCUCCAGCAUUUAGCAUUCGGAGAAGAGCUGUGUCUCUUACUGAGGAAAGCUGAAGACUUGUGGAAUUGUGGGAAAGGGGUUGGAAGAACAUACAUUCUAGGAAGAAAUUUUUCUGAGAGUUAAAAAGCACACAGUGUUUAAACCUCAAACCAAUAAAGGAGAUUAAACUGUUGUUGCUUUUUUUUUUUGUUUAGUUUUUUUGUUUUUUAAACCAACAUUUCUGGUUUGUUUAUUAAUUUAGCUGCUGUACAGACUAAAUAAACAUCAUUUUACUAUCCUUUCUGUAAUCGCACUACAUAAUCAUAAGGACAUGACUAUGCAUUGACAUGUAAUGUUAUGUUACCUGGAUGACCUUUUAUACAUGCUAUAAUAUAACACCUCAUAUACUAAUCCAGUUCUAGCUAAUUUUUUGUUGUUGUUAAGAUUAAAAUCCAGAUGUAUAUCAAACAUCUCCCCUUCAGCUUCUGCCCAAGCGUCUGAUUUUUAUGAUUUUGCACAUUAAAACUUGCCCUGAUUCUUAAUUUAAAUCCAAUACGGUCAACGAGAAAACAUCUUUGUGCCACUUAAACAAAGAAACUCAUUCCUUUUUUUCUUUUUUUUUUCUCAAAUUUAUUAUUAUUAUUAUUAUUAUUAUUAUUUUUAAAGAAGUCUAUGGUGUGUUUAUGAAAAGUUUUCUUGAUGGUUUUUUUUUUUUUUGUAGAAGCUGUAAUUUGGGAAUGGAGGAGUUUUGCAAAGCAUGGUUCUUUUUUUUAAUCAUUAAAUUAAGCUUCAGCACA